CUAUUUUCCAUUAUUUCGAAGAGAGAAAGUCCAUGGCUGUCCUGAAACUUGACACAGGAAGCAUCAUUAUUUGUUUGGGGAAACUGGCAGUAACUGUCGUUAAUGGGAAUCUAAAAACACCCAUUGUGAAUUGUGAUGUCUGGCUGUCAAAGGAUUUACCAGGCUGAAGGCUCCCCCUUUCAGAACAGUGGGAAGCAUCUUGCCGCUCACAAUCUAACAAUUGAUUCUCAAAACUCAAAAGCUAAAUGCAUGUCUCUCUUCCAAUUUCUCUGAAACUCUGAACAAUUUGUUGGAUUUGUUUUUUGCCGGAGUAAAAGAUGCUGCUUAGAGCUCCUCUCAUUUCCAUGUUAGAUUUUUCUUUUUCAGAACCCAUGACUCAAUUGAGCACAAAUUAUCUGGCAGCAGAAGCGAGCAAAUUCAUUUGGGAUACGUGACGAUAACUGUACUGUUCAUCUGAAAUGAAUGCUAUAGUGCUUGUUUCCCUUCUCUCUGUCUUCUUUGUACUGUUUUCAAGUGGCCACAGUAGGAAUGCCACUUCAAGGCCUGCUGUUGUGAAUAUUGGGGCAAUUUUUACAUUGGACUCUACCAUCGGGAAAGUGGCCAAGAUUGCCAUGGAAGAAGCUGUCAAAGAUGUAAAUGCCAAUUCUAGCAUCCUUCAUGGGACCAAACUUGUUAUUACAAUGCACGACUCCAAUUGCAGUGGGUUUACAGGCAUGGUUGAAGCUUUAAAAUUCAUGGAGACUGAUGUUGUCGCGAUUAUAGGCCCACAAUCUUCUGUAGUUGCUCAUAUCAUAUCCCAUGUUGUAAAUGAACUCCAAGUUCCUCUAUUAUCGUUUGCAGCAACAGAUCCCACUCUUAAUUCACUUCAAUUCCCCUUUUUUGUUAGGACAAUACAAAGUGAUUUAUACCAAAUGACUGCAAUAGCUGAGAUAGUUAAUUAUUAUGGUUGGAAGCAGGUUAUUUCCAUUUUUAUUGAUGAUGAUUAUGGGCGAAAUGGCAUAUUAGCUCUGAGUGAUAAGCUUGCUGAGAGGCGGUGUAAAAUCUCUUACAAGUUGGGGAUUCCACCAGAUUCUGGUGUCAGCAAUGGAGAAAUUAUGGAUAUCCUUGUUAAGGUUGCAUUGAUGGAAUCUCGAGUUGUUGUUCUUCAUGUAAAUUCGAAGUUGGGUUUUGAAGUCUUUUCUGUGGCAAAAUACCUUGGUAUGAUGGGUAAUGGGUAUGUAUGGAUAGCCACAGAUUGGCUCUCAUCCGUUUUAGAUUCUUCUUCUCCUCUAUCUUCUGAGGCCAUGGGCACGAUGCAAGGAGUUCUUACUUUGCGUCAACACAUACCGGAUUCAGAUAGAAAGAGAUCCUUUUCGUCCAGGUGGAGCAAGUUGACUAGUGGUUCUCCAGGGCUGAAUUCUUAUGGGCUCUGUGCUUAUGAUUCUGUCUGGCUGGUUGCUCAUGCUAUUGAUGCAUUUUUUGAUCAGGGUGGGAUUAUCUCAUUUUCUAAUGAUUCCAGGUUGCGCUCUGCAGGAGGUAGUGAUCUUCACCUUGAUGCAAUGAGUAUUUUUGAUGAUGGAAGACUCCUGUUGGAGAACAUAUUGAAAAGUGAUCUUGUUGGUUUAACGGGCCCUAUAAAGUAUGAUUCAGACAGAUCUCGGAUUCUUCCUGCAUAUGAUGUUAUUAAUGUGGUUGGGACUGGUUUUAGAAUGGUUGGUUUCUGGUCCAAUUAUUCUGGUUUAUCAACUGUGCCACCUGAGACACUCUAUAUAAGGCCACCAAAUCGGUCAAGUGCAAACCAGCAAUUGUACAGUGUUAUUUGGCCUGGAGAGACAUCAUCAAAACCCCGUGGAUGGGUUUUCCCUAACAAUGGGAAGCAAUUGAGAAUUGGUGUGCCCAUUCGGGUCAGUUUCAAGGAAUUUGUAACACGAGUACAAGGAACUGACAUGUUCAAAGGUUUUUGCAUAGAUGUAUUUACAGCUGCUGCAAGUUUGUUACCAUAUGCUGUUCCCUAUCAGUUUGUCCCCUUUGGAAAUGGUAAAGCAAACCCAAGCUACACAGAGCUUGUGAACAUGAUCACUACGGGUGUCCUUGAUGCUGUUGUUGGUGAUAUUGCUAUAGUCACAAAUCGAACAAAAAUCGUGGAUUUUACGCAGCCAUAUGCUGCAUCUGGACUGGUUAUUGUGGCCCCAUUUAGGAAGUUGAAAUCAGGGGCCUGGGCUUUCUUGCAGCCAUUUAGUCCACUUAUGUGGGUUGUCACUGCCUGUUUCUUCAUUGCUGUUGGCACAGUUGUGUGGGUUCUGGAGCAUAGGAUAAAUGAUGAAUUCAGGGGCCCACCUAAACACCAAAUUAUUACCGUUUUAUGGUUCAGCCUCUCAACAAUGUUUUUUGCCCAUAGAGAAAACACCGUGAGCACCCUGGGUCGUUUUGUGCUAAUUAUAUGGCUCUUUGUGGUUUUAAUAAUUAACUCGAGCUACACUGCAAGUCUUACAUCAAUACUCACAGUGCAACAGUUAUCUUCUCCUAUCAAAGGGAUUGAAAGUUUGAAGGAGAGUGAUGAUCCCAUAGGAUAUCAAGUGGGUUCUUUUGCUGAGUAUUAUUUGAGUGAGGAACUUGGAAUAAAUAAAUCUAGGCUGGUUCCCCUUGGAUCACCUGAAGCAUAUGCAACAGCGCUCCAACGUGGUCCUAAUAAGGAGGGCGGUGUUGCUGCUGUGGUUGAUGAACGUCCUUAUGUUGAACUCUUCCUCUCAACUCAGUGCACAUUCAGGAUUGUAGGUCAAGAAUUCACAAAAAGUGGCUGGGGUUUUGCAUUUCCACGGGACUCUCCUUUGGCUGUUGAUAUGUCAACUGCAAUUCUCGAACUAACGGAGAAUGGUGAUCUUCAAAGGAUCCAUGACAAAUGGCUCAUGCACAGCGGUUGCAGUUCAGAUGCAUCUGAACUUGAAUCAGAUAGACUUGAGCUAAAAAGCUUUUGGGGUCUGUUUCUUAUUUGCGGGAUAGCUUGCUUCUUGUCUCUCUUCGUAUACUUUUGGCAGAUCACACGCCAAUUAUAUAGUGCUCACCCCGAGGAAUCUGCUUCACCUGGUCAAGGGAGCUCACGCUCUGGGGGUAUACAUAGACUAUUAUCAUUAAUGGAUGAGAAGGAAGAUCAGUCAAGGGGCAAGAAUAAGAGAAGAAAGUUGGAAAGAUCAUUAUCUGAGAAUGAUAGGGAUGCAGAGCUGGGAAAGAAUCCGAAGAGGAAAGGAAUAGAAAUGAUUUGAAGGAGCAUUUCUUGUCGCCAAGGAAUCAGAAAGCCACGCACAUACGUAUCACUAUAUAUGCAGUAAUCCAACACCGAUAGUGAAUAUAGUAAGCCUUCUAUAUGCAGGAAUUCAAAUCAUAUAUUUUGUAGGAAAUUUAGCAUACAAAAGUUACUUUGUCCUAUAAAAGGAACCUCAGCUUAAAGCAUAUUUUGUUCACCUUACGUUGAAGAGAGCUAAUAAACCUCUUUAGUCGAAUUCUUGUUUCUUCUCUUUUUAAGUAUAAUGGCGGUACGGAAUUUUGAUCAAUA